AUGGACGAACUACAUCUUACGUUCGGAUCCGAAGUGGAGGAUCCGGAAGAAGCAAUGACAGAGGCUUUCCUUCUUUUCAGCCAAGAAAUACCAUCGCAGAAUCUCGGCUUUGUCGACUCGAGGGCCACUACUCUCGAGUUGACUGUUGCUGGAAAGGAUUAUGUGAUUCACCAGUCCCCAACAGUUCUAUCGUCGAACCGCGCUGGUGGGACCACCGGUGCUGUACUUUGGAAGGUCACUCCCAUGUUUGCAGAGUGGAUAGCAUCACCUAGGAAUCCCCUUUGGAAGAUUGGCGCCUUGGGUCCGUCGUCGAAUGUGAUCGAACUCGGCUGCGGAAUCUCUGGUCUUACAGGAUUGGUGCUUGCGCCGUCCGUGUCCAGAUAUGUCUUGACAGAUCAGCCCUAUGUGUCCAAGUUCGUGGAAAGCAAUCUGGCAGAGAACAUGAGCAACAUGUCUUCCAGCGCUCCAGGCACGCGGCGGAAGAGGAAAACCCCGGCGGCACCGUCGUCAAAGGACAAUCUGAGAUUCGCGUCCCUGGACUGGGAGCUGGACGAGGUCACGUCUGAUCUCACGGGAUCUGAUGAUGCCAAGAGCUUCGACGUCGUCAUCGCGUGCGACUGCAUCUAUAACGAUGCUCUGAUCCGGCCGUUGGUGGAGACCUGCGUUGAUGUUUGCAAGCUCGGUGGUUCAGAUUCCGCAACACAGUCUCCUCAAACGCCGACUAUCUGCAUUGUUGCCCAACAACUCCGGGACCCAGAGAUCUUUGAGGGAUGGAUGAAGGAGUUCCACAAGCACUUCCGGACCUGGCGGGUUCCCGAGUCGGCUCUGACAGAAGAGCUACGGUCCAACGCCGGGUUCGUGAUACACAUCGGUAUCCUGCGGUAG